UCGAGAGCAGACGCCAAGUUGCUGCGUCGCUUCGCUUGUUUUCAGUUAUCGCUUUCUCCUGUUAGUGGUUAGGUGUACGUUGAAUUGCGCGUUGUUUUUGAUGUUUUGAUAGAGUAAAAGCUUGCAGUCAUCUUAGUAUCUAUCAUGUCGUCCGAACUCCCCCCCGAUGCACCCGUCCCCAGACUGUGUCAUUUGAUCAAAUGGGCGGAUUUCGAUGGAUAUGGCUUCAAUUUGCACGCUGAGAAAUCGAGAACUGGUCAGUUUAUUGGCAAAGUAGACGACGACAGCCCAGCUCAGCAUGCUGGUCUGCGGGAGGGUGACCGCAUCAUCGAAGUGAAUGGAGUAAACAUUGCGAAUGAAAAUCACCGGCAAGUGGUCGAAAGGAUAAAAUCCAUUUCGAAUGAAACCAAGCUGUUGGUAGUCGACGAAGAAGCUGACAGGUGGUACAAGGAGAGGAAAAUCGUAGUCAAAAGUACGAUGCCCAAUGUCCAGUUAAUUAAAACGCCAGUACCUCGUCCUUACAAGGAACCUCCUAAUUAUGAGAAUAUUGCACCGUCAGCGAAUGGAGUAGAAAAAACCUCAGUUGGAAAUGGAAUACAUGAUGUAAAACAUUCCCCCAAGUCUGAAACUUCCCAACACGAUGGCAAGCAGAAUGGAUCGGCCACCCCUACUGCUAACGGCACGCCGGAGAAGCAGCAACCGCCGCCCCCGGAAAUAAUCGAGGAAAAAUCCAGCCCUCAAAUUGUGAAACCUAAAGUUCUUGAUAGUCCUAUACAAAAGACCAAAGAAGAGGCCAACACUUCCCGCAGCUCCACUCCCAUGGAUGGCACCCCUUCCAUUCCCGACUCCCCCCACUCCACGAAGAGCUCUCGCAGCACCAACAGCGUGGGUGGAGGCAGCACCUCCAACGGCCCGACCUCCCUGGAAGAAGGUAUGCUCAACUUGAACAUGAGCGCUUCCGAAAUGCGUCAGAUGCUCGCCAACCGGCGCAAGAAGGAUCCCAAGAAAGAGCCCAUGGACAUCCGACAGAAGUACGAGAUCAUCCAGCAGAUGUAGAUAUUCCUGCCUCGAUGAAGCACACUCCCGGACGUCACUGGGGUUCUCUUGUGUUGCCUUUACUUCUCUAUCAUCCUGCCCUAGCCAUCCGGAUUUUUUUUAUCAAUUACGAAUAACGAUAAAGUUUAGACAUUGUAUUCUUUUUUAUUAUUAUGAUAAGAUUAAGUCAGGGGGGUAUCAUUUUCUAUCCAGGAAAGGCUUAGCAACUAUCUUAAUGAGCUGUUGUUAAGUUUUUCUACAGUAAAUUUUACGAAUCAUUUAUUAAAAUCUAUAAAACUUUUAUUAGAUUUUUGAGAAAAUAUUAAAAGACUCGUCAGUCUCUAAAAAACAAUAAAAAAAUCUUGAAUAAAAAUCGUGUGUUUUCCUAUUUUUUAGAAAACCGGUGUUCUAAAUGUCUUCGAAUAAAUCAGAGUAUCAGAUUUUAAUUUAUAUUUGGUUGUCAUGUUUCAUACAUAUUCCCUGUUCUUCUAAAAUGGAAGCACACUUGAAGAAGAUGAUUUUUCUGAUCUGAGAGGAGCUCACCCUAGUUUCGCCGCGAGAGGGCAUUCAGUGUUUUCAUGUGUCGUCCGCUGUCUGCCAUCGCUUGCCGAUUCGUUUCUCAGUCGACAAGCCAUGGCAGACUCUCCCGGCAGCGAUGUUCAGACUGCUGUUGUACAUUUUAUACGAGGAAAUGUCUUGGUGUUGGUGCAAAAUUGUUUCUCGCCAAUUCUUUGCCAUCAGAACAUCCGUUGCUGCCUUCGUUUGCUACUUAGCCAGGGCCCCUGAGAUCCUUCUAAAAUAGACUAUUAUUUUAUGCUUUGUAAAUUAGAUUAGUAUUUUGUGUUUUGCUUAAAUUUUUAACAUGUAUCCAUCAGCGUGUUGAACCGGCGAUUUCUAGCAGGCAUAUUCCUUAUGUCCCAUCAGCAAAUACAGUUUUGCACAUUGAUUCUGGUUUUUUUUUUUUUUUUUUAACUUAAAUAAUAAUUCUAUUGUAUGAAUCUGUUUUUAAUGUAUUUAAAAUUAUCUGUUUGGAACUCAAUCGAUUUCGAAAAAUUUUCUGUAUAGGAUGGUCCACCAUGAUACAUGUCAACCCAAUGUGCGUGAGCGUGCAUACUACUGCCGUAGUGAUCAUUUUGGCUUGCUUGUUUGUCCAGAAACUUUCCAUGCAUGCGAUUGUUUUCUGAGACCAUUACAACAUAGUUACACAGCAUGAAGCAAACGGAUGUUCCUGGUUGCUGAGAAUUGAAUUAUAAUUGUUGAAUUAAAAAAAAACUGUUAUUCAUUUAUUGUUCCAGAGAAGGACUUGUCUUUUCUUCCUUUUGACUUCGUGUCAAGCAGACCUGUUAUUUCCUGUGUUUUUCUCUUUAGGAUCUCUUCCCUUCUGUUUCUUUCGAGCCUUUCGUGCUCUUUUUUGCUGCAUUCUUGAUUUGUUAUUAGAUAGUGUAUAAAUGUAUUUUAUGAUAUGUAUAACCACUAAGUGCCUUAUUAGUUAGUUUUAAAUGAUAUUUCAAAUUGUUUAUAUUAUCCAGUCCCGACAGUUGGAUGUUCUGUUUAUUAAUAAGUAAAAAAGAAAUCGUCUCUACUCUGUCCGUUUUAACUCGCUUCUCAUUUUGGGCAUCGAGUUUUUAAAAUGAAGUCGCCCGCUGAAUUUUACCUGGACAAUCUUCUCCGCAGACCAAGCAUAUCACAACAUCUCGGUGACUGUUUGGAAGAACUAUUUGUAGAAACCUGUUGAUGCGCGUUCCCAAAGUGCCUUAUAUUAUAUGAAAUGAUUCCGCAUAUCAUCUUCCGAAGUGCAUAUAUUUUUUGUAGCCUGCAUAUAUUUUGGAAAGGAAUACCUCGAGGAGAUUCGUUUCCAAGCUUUUUAUGGCUAAUCAGAUUUAUAAACUUUUUGGGUCCAAACAAACAAUUUCAUGUAUUUUUUUUUUUCUAUUAUUGGAAAGUAGAUUAAUUUUUGUAUUUGUAUGCCUUCGAGGCAAAUGUUUUGAUGUGAAAUAAAGUCAAACGUUCACAUGAAACUGAA